UCAGAUGCCUGUAAUCUCACACUGGAUCCAAACACAGCAAACAAUCAUAUCAUUCUGUCAGAAGAGAACAGAAAGAUGACGUAUGUAGAAGAGAAUCAGUCAUAUCCUGAUCAUGCAGAGAGAUUUGAUAGAGUACCUCAGGUCCUGUGUAGAGAGAGUCUGUCUGGACACUGUUACUGGGAAGCGGACUGGAGUGGAAAAGCUCAUUUUUCAGUGGCAUAUAACAAAAUCAGCAGGAAAGGAGGGAAUCAUGACUGUAUGUUUGGACUGUAUAGAAACUCAUGGAGUCUGAUCUGCUUUGAUGACAAAUUCCUUGCCUCUCACAAUAAUCAUUCAAUUAACAUCGGUGUCUCUUCACACUCUUGUAGGAGAGUAGGAGUGGAGGUGGAUGUGCCAACUGGCACAUUGUCCUUCUACAGCAUCUCUGACACAAACAAACUCACACACUUACACACAUUCAACACCACAUUCACUGAGCCUAUCUAUGCUGGAUUUAGGUUGAAGGUUUAUAACUCCUCAGUGUCUCUGUGUCAGACUGAAAAGCCUGUGAACAGCAACAGAGACAACACACACACACACUUGAUUAAUAUAAAUACUCUCACUUUAUAUAUUGUAGUGCUAGUAGUAGUACAGGCCUAACAAGCAGAUGCAGAGUAAUUCACCAAGGCUCUUAGACACAAGCAAGACAUGCCGAUACUGUGGUAAUAUGCUUUGCUAAAGUAUGCCUUGAAGGCAAAAACAGAUCUACAGUUGGGGAAAGUGAUGAUGACAUUUACGUGGUUGAAUAUAUUCAUAUACUAGGGCUGGUCGAUUGUCCAAGCCACCUAAAAGGCUGGAUUUGUAAUAAUAAUAAUAAUUAUUAUCUGCCUAAUGUUCAUAUAGUACUUUUUUAUUUACUGUAAAAAGGGGAUUCCUUUUCUUCAUAUUUGUAAA